GAUGACUCGCCAGUCGCCGGAGACAGGAGUUUACAGGUGGUGAACACUGGCUUUGCAUCACCAUAAGAAACCAUAUUUGCAGAGAGAAAAACGGAAUCGAAGAGAGAUAAUCGUCGUCGUCGUCAUCAUCAUCAUCAUCAUCAUCAUCAUCAUCAUGUGGGUGUUCUAUCUGAUCUCGCUUCCGUUAACCCUAGGCAUGGUUGUGCUAACGCUCAAGUACUUUGCUGGUCCUGACGUUCCUCGAUACGUCUUCUUCACUGUCGGGUAUACUUGGUUCUGUUCUAUCUCCGUCAUCAUACUCGUACCUGCCGACAUUUCUGCGACAAUUAUUGGUCAUGACAACGGAGGUAUCUCUUUCUUUUGGAGCUGGUCAUAUUGGAGCACUUUCUUGCUUACUUGGCUAGUUGUGCCCUUGAUUCAGGGGUAUGAAGAUGCUGGAGAUUUUACAGUGAGAGAGAGACUAAAAACUAGCAUCCACGUAAACUUAGUCUUCUAUCUAAUCUUGGGAUUGAUUGGGUUUAUUGGACUUCUUGUUCUCAUCAUGAUGCGAAAAGAUUGGAGUGGAGGUGUAUUGGGUCUAGCAAUGGCAUGCUCAAAUACUUUUGGACUUGUUACUGGUGCAUUCCUUCUUGGUUUUGGCUUAAGCGAAAUUCCAAAGACCAUUUGGAGGAAUGCUGACUGGACCUCUCGCCAAAAGGUUCUUUCUCACAAAAUUGCGAAAAUGGCUGUGAAGCUUGAUGAGGCUCAUCAAGAGUUAUCAAAUGCCAUUGCUGUGGCCCAGGCUACAUCUAAACAAAUGUCCAAGCAUGAUCCAUUGAGGCCCUACAUGAAUAUUAUUGACAACUUGUUAAAUCAAAUGUUACGUGAAGAUCCAUCUUUCAAACCACAAGGAGGUUGUUUAGGGGAAAAUGAUAUGGAUUAUGACACUGAUGAAAAAUCUAUGGCAACAUUGAGACGUCAUUUAAGGGGAGCUCGCGAGGAAUAUUAUCGAUAUAAAAGUGAGUAUUUGACAUAUGUCAUGGAAGCCCUCAAGUUAGAAGACACGAUAAAGAAUUAUAAUCAACGCAAUGAGACAGGGUGGAAAUUUGUUUCAAGCUUCAGACCUGAACGGAUAGGCACAUCGGGCAGCUAUCUUGAUAGAAUGGAAUUGAUAUGGCGAUGCGUCAUGUGGAGGCAACUUGAAAAACUCUUUGCUGCCUUUCUUGGUUGCAUGUCGGCUGCUAUCCUUUUAGCAGAGGCAACUCUCUUGCCUAGUGGUGUUGAUUUGUCUGUUUUCUCGUUUUUGAUAAACUCAGUAGGAACAGAAGAGAUGCUUGUACAGGUUGUUGCAUUUGUUCCUCUUUUUUACAUGUGCAUUUGCACAUACUACUCGUUAUUCAAAAUUGGUAUGCUGAUGUUUUAUUCAUUUACACCGAGACACACAAGCUCAGUGAGCUUGCUCAUGAUAUGCUCGAUGGUUGCACGCUAUGCACCUCCAGUUUCCUACAAUUUUCUCAAUCUCGUUCGUCUUGAUGAGAACAAGAAAACUAUCUUUGAGAAGCGAAUGGGAAACAUUGACAAUGCUGUCCCUUUCUUUGGGAAAGGAUUCAACAAACUCUAUCCACUUAUUAUGGUUGUAUACACUAUCUUAGUUGCAAGCGGUUUCUUUCAUAAGAUAAUUAAUAUUAUUGGAAAGUGGAAGAGGAUCGCAUUCCACAACGAAGAAGAUGAUCUUGAUGGUAUUGAUCCAUCAGGAUUAAUGAUCCUACAAAAAGAGCGGGCUUGGCUUGAACAAGGGCACAACAUUGGUGAAGAAGUUGUUCCGUUGGCAAGAUAUUUUAAUGAUACAAGUGUGGACAUGGAGCCAGGAAACAGUAGCACAGUCAGGGAUGGUGUUAACAUGAAGACGAUGAUCAGCCUCUCAAAGGAAAGUACAUCCCGACAUCAAAGAGAGGACGUCCGUAGAUAUAGUGGGAGCAGAGAAGCCAUCAGCAGCAAGUACGCUGCCAUACGACAACAAACAAAGCCAGUGGGCAACCUAGCCUCGGCUAAAGUCUCCUUGCUUGAUGGUGACAACAGAUCACCAUCGUCUAGAUUAUCCUCAACCUGGUCCUCAAUGAAAUCCAACCUUCAUAGUUUGAAAGCCAAAAACUACAUUCCAUUGCUUCAAGUUGAUGAUUCUAGGAUUGGCCCUCGAAAUUCUUCUUCUGAUUCACUGGACGAGAUCUUCCACAAACUGAAACGACCUGCUUUUGAGCAUGAUGUUGAAGAUUAGCAACAGUUUCUAUUUCUGGAAAACUGAAACGAACUGCUUUGGGGCAUGGAUAUGAAGAUGAAGAUGAUUAGCUGUGGUUUCUUUUUCCGGGUAAGAUUUAAUACAAAUUCAUGUCUUUCAGUAGGGAGAUUGCUACGUAAAACAUACUUUGAAAACCUAUUAAAAGGAAGGUCAUUAGAUGUACAGAUUAUAACGACAACUUUAGAAAUUCAUUUAGACCGUUUUUGGUUCUUGUAACCGCCUUUUGGUCUUCAUUUUGUUAACGAGAGGAGUGAGUGUUAUUACGUAUGAUGUAAACGAUUGUAGAACCAGAAAGGCUUUCUAUUGCGAAGAUCAGAUAUGUCGGUCCAGUUUCUUUGGGA